UUUCGUCUCUUUCCAGGGUCAGACGUCGGCCGCGAUGGAGGUGAAGGUGUUUGUGGACGGCAUCCCUCGCGUGGUCUGCGGGGUCACGGAGGAAACCACGUGCCAAGAAGUGGUGCUGGCGCUGGCUCAAGCCCGAGGUCAGCCGGGACGGUACGUCCUGCGGGAGAAGUUCAAGGACUUCGAGCGGUGCAUGGUGCCGGACGAGCACCUCCUGGAAACGCUGGAGAAGUACGGCGAGCAGGCGAAGGAGGUCCAGCUCACCCUGCAGCACAACGCGCCCCCGGCCCAGGAGGAGACGGGCAAGGCGAAGGUCGGCAGGUACCAGCCCUGCUCGCCGCUCAGACGCAAGGACGCCGGGGCCAAAAUGAGGAGAGGCAGCGGCUCGCUGAUUCUCCACCGACAAAGCCUGCCGCCGCUGUCGUGCCUGAGGCAGGAGGCUGAGCAGAAGCAGAAGGACCCCAAGAGACCCAAGAGGAAGUCUCUGACCCUCAUGGAGGAGGCCAGGGACUGGCUGGAGAGCCUGGGCAAAGGCAAGGUCUACAGCACCGCCGGCGACAAGGAGGGCAGGAAGAAGACGGAUAAAAAGAACCGCCACUCCUCGGAUUUGUCUUUCGUCCUGGAGAGAGAUAACUCGAGUCGCGCGGCUCAAGAUAAAGAUAAGAGCGGCUCCAAAGCAGAGGUGGAAUUUCAAACAUCCUGCUGCGUCGGGAGUCAGGGAAAGGACAAAGAGGGCAAGGGCACGAGACGACCCUACGAGGCCAAAUCUGCUCUGAGCAUCUCGGGCUUCGCUGCAGCGGAGGAUGAGAAGAACGCCCUGCGAGAGACCGUCAUACGUCAACUGCUCUGCCUGCAAGAUCUACACCUCCAGAUAACACAGGUGGACAAGCAGAUUCAAGAGCUGGAGCAGAAACCGAGGGCCACAGGUUCCAACGAGAGGGUAGUGGACGGAGAGGUGGAGCAGGUAAGGUUUUGGGAAAAUGAACUGAAAUCGGAGGAAGGUCAUGAAAGAGAUUUGCAGGCUCAGUUCCUCGAGAUGAGGGCGAAGGCCGGCGAGUGCAAGGCCAAGCUGGAGGUGUACAGGCGUAAGAUGCAGGGACUUGAGUUUUUCGGUGGUCUGAACGCGGUUCAGGACCCGCCGGAGACGCCGUCCAAGGUUGGUACGAGCGCCGCUGCGGAGACGAAGGAGGCCGGCCUGCGAGAGCCCGGCUCGGACGGGGACAGGAGCGGUUCCAGGAACGGUUCCAGGAAGUUCCCGCCCAAGGGCGACUUCAGCCCUCCGCAGGCCCUGGUUCCUCCCAACCAGACGAGGGAGCGCCGGCUCACGGGGCCCACUGAGCUGAGGGAGUGGUGGGCGCGCUGGUCAGAAACACAGAACCCAGAAUCACAGAGCGCUGCGAAGGCCGUGCACCGCUCUGAACUCACCAUAUACCUGAGGAGCACCAAGGUUUAGGAUGAGUAGGGGCCACAACUGAAGCUAACGCCUCACUGUUGUACGGGGGCCAUAAUCGCUUUGUAUAUACGGUGUAAAUACUGUAUAUUUAUCUCUAAUUGCUAACUAUCAUUUCUUAUUUCAAUGCAAAACACUGGCCAUCCUACAUUAACUUGUAUUCAGUAGUUGAGAUAUAUAUAUAUAUAUAUAUAUAUAUAUAUAUAUACAGGGGAUGUUGCAUGAAUGAAUAACAGCAACGUACACUGUAGAUCAGUGUUUCCCAACCUGGGGUCCGGGCCCCCCCUGGGGGGGCGCCAGAGAUCUCUGGGGGGGCGCGAAAUUUAUCUGCUUUGAAAUUAUGCAGUUGUAAAAAUUAUAUUUGCGAAUGAGUCAUUCAUAAGACAUUGUUAGGAAUAAUUUAUGAAUGUCUUGAAUAUUUUUUGUGUUUUUUAUACACUGGUGACAAACACAGGAAAUGAUUUCAUUCCUUAUUAUAUCAUUACUCAACAUUUAAUCUACUCCGACAGGUUGUUAAAGGAAAAAUGUAAAAAAAUGUUGGUCUCAUAUUAAAAGAGGCAUUUUUCAGAACUAUUUUGAUGUCCUUUUAUGUCCUUUUGUGCGUAUUUUAUACAUUGGUGACAUUGGAGAAAAACAAAGUCAUAUGUAUACAGAGUAAACCAAAGAGAAAUGUAUCAAAAAAACAUAAUUCAUGUUCAUUUUUUCAAUUAAAGACUAUUUUGGUGCUAGUAUGUACAGGUCGGGGAGCCUGGCUGGUCUUAGACACAAGUAUAGGGGGGGGCUCCAUGGAAAAAAAGGUUGGGAACCGCUGCUGUAGCUUAUACUGUUGCAUGAAGAGACAGAAAUAAAUGGCUGUACUUUCUAUCAGUUUGGAAUUUGAACUGCCAGAAAAUGUGUUUUACUGACCUUUUUAUGCAGAAAAAACUGCAAAUACUUGCUAUUAGUGAUGCUUGAUGUUGCUGACCUCUGGAGGU